UUUUUUAAAAAAUAUUAUCUUAUCAAUGGUUUCAAAUUGCUAAUUAAUUUUUUUUUUUUUAAAUAAUACCUUCAUCCAGAAAUUUGUCAACUGUCACGUACGUAUAUUACGCGUCUGCAUGCAAAAGUAUGCACAGAAGAUGCUUAUCUAGGUUUUGUCUUAAAAUAUACCUGAACACGCGUUCAAGAAAGAAAACGAAUGACUCCAAAAAUAACCGAAGCGACGACAGAACAUAACAGUUAUCUCUUAACAUUAAUCUCUUGAUUUAUAUACACACCUCUCCUCUCACCAAGAAUCACAAAUUCGAUUUUACUUUUUUUUCUUCUUCUUCUUCUUCAUCCUCGGCUCCUCCUCUCAGAUUCCUGCUUCUCGUUGCGAUCGACGAAUACCUAAAUCUCUCUUCCUCGCUGAUUUUGUUUCCAUCUCUCUCUCUCUCUCUCUUUUUCUACGUUAUAAUAUUUUUAUUCGGUGAAGUUUUGUGAAUGGUGGAACCUAAUCCGAUCUGCGAUAACUCUAGGCUCUCCCUUCCAAUCCAAAGGGCAAGCUUCUUCGUCCCUCUGUCUUCAGACUCUGUUUUCGCAUUCGGAUCUUGCAAAGAAGGCUGGUACUACCGUUGCCUUGGCAUCGACCCGUGAAAUUCUCCUUCCCGUUUGACAUCUAUUUUUCUAGCGAUUUUUUAAUUACUUUUGAAAGAUGUUGUACAAGCUGAAGAAGAGAGAGGUGGUUAAGGGAAACAGAAUCUUGAUCAGCGUUACGUUUCUUGGUAGCCCCGGUCCGAUCCGGUUCGUUGCUUACGAAGGAGAUCUGGUUGCUGCUGUGAUCGACACUGCUCUUAAAUGUUACGCUCGAGAAGCUCUGAGUCCAUGGGAAGCAAUUGGGUCGUUGGGAGCGAGGAACUUCAUGCUGUGUGAGAAGUCAGAGGAAAAGAAGAAGUUGGAGGAAGAAAAUGGAAGAUCGAGUUUUCCCAUUAACGGAGCUAGAAAAAGAAGCUUUAGGGCUUGGAUUAACAAAUCUUUCAGUCUUAAAGUCACUACUCAUUAGACUUUAUCGUCUUAUGUUUAACCUUGAAUGCUCAAGAUUAUUGGUUUGUGUUUUUGUUAUUUGAUUUUCUUCUUUUGAAAGAAUGUUUGUUUCUUGUGUUCAGUUUGAAACAUUUGUCUUUUGAAUUCUUGUUUUGAUUGGUUUCUUGCAUAUGCCUCAGGAAAUACAAUUUUCAAGUUCUUUCUUUUUAGUUCAUAUUACCGAAAAUGUGAAGAAAACAAAAAAUUCAAAACGUCGGUUUAAUUAGGCGCAAAUUAUGGACUUGUUGGUGGUUGCAAUGUCAUUAUCAGUAUAUUUUUUCAUCUCUAGCAGUAGCUUUCUUGGUUAUUGAGAUUGCGAUUUCUAUUAGUAGACUAGGGAUUGGAGUUAUUAUAUUUGUUCAAAAACGUUAACUGUUUUAUACAUAGUAUAAUAUCAAUCAAUGAAUCAAAAAUGUUAGUUGGUACGUACUAUGAAGAAAUCAAUCAACUAUGUUAUGUACUUUCAUUUUUCAGUAUUUUAUAAAGACAUUGUUAUUCUAGUAUUAUAUAUACUUCAUCAUCGUGAUGUAUCCUAAUUUAAAUAGUCCGAUUGAUUCUUCUAAUAUAAACACCUAGUAUUCAUAUUUUUAUGGGUUUUAAGAUUCCCCGUCUCAUAUAAAAAUGUAAAAACUGUUGGCAGAUAAUAUCAAGUCGUACGUGUCGUUAACGUGAAUACAUUUAUCCAGUAGGUUUGGUCGGCCGAUGGGUUGGGAAGUCGAUCCUUCUUGACUCUUGCAAACACAUUGGGGCCAUCUUAAUAUGACUUAUUUCAGAAUAUAACCACUGUUUUCUUCUUUGGUCCACAAUUUUUUUUUGUCAAUGUUGUUGUUUUUUACAACGGUUUUGUUUUUUUUUUUUAAUUAUUAUUAUAGAGUUCUGAAGAAGAGUGAUGCCUCGAGAGUUCGACGAGAGGUCACACCCAAAACGGACCAACAUAUUAAGAAAACGAAUACAAAAUUAGUAGGUUGAAGUAAAGGUUAGGUAGGUAGCCAAACGAUGAUAAUCUGGUGGUAAAAAAAAAACUUUUGACAAUGCAUAAAUUUGGUGGUUUUGGAUUGGAAUCUUGCCAAGAAUUAAGUUAUUCAUUUUUUGAGAUGAAAUGGUGACAUGAUAUUGGGCUUCGCUCUAGACACCCUCCGAUCAUUAUAAAAAUUGAAGUAAAAUUAAAAUUUUCAUUCAUUAAUCAACUGAUAUGCAUAUACAUGUGAGUUUGAGCCAGGACGAAGAUGGUAAAUGAUUUAAGCAAAAUAAAUGUUUGAAGACACGUCCACACAUUUAGCUACAACGUCAAAGGUAGCGAGGAAGAUACAUAAAUGAUAUGCAGAUAAAUGUUUGAAGAUACCUCCACACAUUUAGCUAUAAGAAUAGAUUAAUACUCUCUCUUCCCGAAAUUAAGAUUUUUUAGAGUUUAUUAUUGUUCCACAAAAAUAUAUUUUUUAUAUUUUUAGGUAUUUUUGUAUACUUUUGAAAAACAUUAAUUGUGAAUAUUUGAACUGGUUAAA